AUGGCGCCCCUUCGUCCCAUAGAUUUACAACACCAUCAACACGGCCGGCGCCGUCAAAAUAGCGCAACAGUUGCCGCUGCAGUUCUCACCGCCUUUCUCCUACUCAGCCUCGUUCCUACCGCCUGCGCUCAGGCAACCACACCCAGCAACUUCAUCCGACGCAACAACCACGGCUCUGUCGCCGUGGGCUCCUUCGUAUACAUCGACGGCGGCCUGUACGCAGUAUACGACGAUGACAAAAACGUACAGGCGCCCGCGCAAAACACGGCCACCCUCGCCAUCGACAUGCGGCAGUCGUGGACAAACGCGACGGUCAACAUGACGGCCAUCUCCAAAGGCAACAGCCCCAUCUUCUUCCAGCCGCAGUUCUGGGCCGACGAGGAGAACAACGCCUUCUACUCCUGGUCCGGCGACACGCCGGCCGGGUACACCGUGUCGGAAAAAAGCCUGUGGAAGUUCAGCGCGGACGACAACAGCUGGGCGCGCGUCUCGACCGACUCGUCCUUCACAGGCCUCACGCGGCCGGUCGGCGGCUACAACGCCGUCGCGAACGGAGUCGGGUACUUCGUCGGCGGCUACGGCACCGAGACGACCGACGACAUCAACUUCCGCAGCAGCGACUACGUGCCGGUGCCGGGCGUGGUGUCGUUCAACUUCUCGUCGGGCGAGUGGGCCAACCGGUCGUCCGACGGGUGGACGAGCUACGGGCGAGGCAUGAGGGGCCAGGCCGCCUCGGUGCCUUUCGGGACUAACAACAACAGCUUGCUCGUGCUGCUGGGCGGCGAGAGCGGGACGCGCGAACUCGUCUCGAACCAGCGCGGGUACGUCGACUUCAGCAGCGUGUCCAUCUACGACACGACCGCGAACGGCUCCUGGUACUCGCAGACGACGACGGGCGAGGCGCCCAGCCCGCGGGAUGAGUUCUGCAUGGCCGCGACGCAGGGAGCGAACUCGACGGAGCUGUUCGUCUUUGGCGGCUGGACCGUUUCGACGGGCCUGACGCACAACGACUCGUACAUCCUCUCGCUGCCGGCGUUCCGCUGGUUCAAGGGGCCGACCAACACGGAGCCGAGGGUCGGCUUGUCGUGCCAUGUGGUGGGCGGCGGGAAGAGGCAGGUGCUCGUUGUCGGCGGCCAGAAUAACAACAACAACACUUAUCGCUGGGCGAAUCCGGAUCCGUGGAAGCAGGGGCUGGGCAUCUUUGACUUGACGGCCAUGGAGUGGAGCGAUGGGUAUGAUGCGGACGCCCCUGCGUACGAGUCGCCGCAGGUCGUGAAGGAUUGGUAUAACGGAGAGAGCUAUGCGGAGCCGGACUGGUCGUCGGAUACCGUCAAGGCUUUCUUCUCCAGGACUUCUACCGGGACUUCCUCAGCGUCGCCGAGUUCGUCCGCAUCUUUGAGCCCUACAGGUGAUGUUAAUCAUACGAACUGGAUUCUGAGUCAAGAGCCGAACUUCAUGGACGCAGCGCAGGCGCCGAGCUACCGACAAAGCUCCACAGCACGGCUGAGCUUCCCGCAAGCUGGCCAGAAAGAGUGGAGUUGCCUGCAGGAGCAGGUGGUUGGUAUCCGAAGCCGGUUGAACUACCAGCGAGCCGAGGGUCGUCCGGACGGUGACUCAAUGUACAGCCACGCGUCCCCUGCCGUCCGGGCCCUGGCUCCCUUUGUGGCAGGACUCAACAUCAGUAUCACGAUGCAUAUGAAGCUUGCUCUCCUUACAAUUGCUAGACCAUCUUAG